AUGUAAUUUUUUUUAUUUUUAUACAAUUACAAUACCCUUUAUAGUGCAUUAAUAUUAGCUUUUUUUUGUUUAAAGAAUAGAUCAACUUUUAAUCAAAAUAAGAGUUUUAAUACAGAAGUAAAAUCUCUCUUUAAAAAAAUUAGAAAAGAAGUAGAUCUAUAGGGAAAAUUAUUUGAAAAAGAAAAUAUUAGAGUAAUAAAAUUGAUUAAAGUAUACUAACUCUGUAAAUUAUGGAAAAGAAAUAGUUUAAACAUAAACUAAGGUAAAUUAAAAGCUUAUUCAAGGUAUUAAAUAAAAUAAAAUAUUAUUAUUUAAUUAACUAGUUGUAAAAAAUAUUCACUUAUCAAUUUUAUUUAUUUCAUUGAUAAAACCAAAUAAACAAAGUAAUUUAUAAUUUUAUUCAAGAAUAGAAAAAUAUUAUUAAGUUAAGGAAAAUUUAUUCUAUAAUAAGAUACAAAAAGAUCAUUCAAUAUUUCUAUCUAUACAUAUAUAUUAGAAAGAGUGUUUAUAAAAAGUAAAAAAUUUUAUUUUAAUUUAUUAGAUUAAUCUCUACUAAACAUUUGUAAAAAAAAGUUAAAAAAAUAUUUAUUUUGCAUUUCCUAUUGUACUUAAAUAUUUGUUUUAAUUAACUAAUUUAUCAUUUAUAAUCAUUAUGCCAAGUAAUUAAUUUUAAUAAGAGAGAAUAUAUAAAUUAAAUAAUUUCCUAAUUAAAAAAUUUCAUUAGAAAGAGAGUAUAAAAAGAAAAUUACUUAGAAAAUUUGA